AUUUUGCUUCUCCUGUAUCUAGGGGGCUUUGUUGUUUCUGCUGAUUGAGCAGUGUGCGCGUGCUCGAGGCCGAGUCAUAGUGAUAGUCACGGGCAGGUGCCGUCGACUGACCAUCGGGACCCGCUUGAAACCCUUCCUCAGACUCCAGGGACUUAGCGCGCAACCAUCCAGCCCACGCAGUUCAGCCACCGCUUUGCUCACUGUUUGUGUUUGCGCAUUCAUUCCUACUCCGACACCCGUUCGCUCGCUCCAACUUCCGCCUGGACUGCCCAGGACACAGAUGCCGCCUUGAGCCCCGACCAUGGCUUCUCACACGCCGGGCGCCAGCCCAGCGAAUGCGCCGCCCGCUGCCCGGAAUGCACCCGUCCGCCGCUCCUUCACGCUCCCCGCGCGCAUCGUGAGCAAGUCGCCUUCGCCUGCGCCUGCCUCCAGCACCGACGGGAUAGAAACCCUUUUCGUGUGCACCUCGACCAAGAUCGUGCAGUUCUCAGCCUCGGCUUCAACACGGCGAGCCUCGCCAUCUCGCCGCCAUGGUGCCAACGACGAUGACGCGCCAUCUAUACCUUGGAGAUCCACAACGGAACGCACUUUGGCAGUUGGCCCGCUGCGCAUCUAUCGCGUGAUAUCCUCCAAUGUCUCAUUCCUCAACUCUGGGAACCUCUUACACACAAUAUUCCCGAGAUCACAAUGUUGGUGCGUUGACGGCCAUCAUGUGUUCGUGCUCCGCGUACGGCAAGACACAUACUAUCGCAUCGAGCUACCACACGAGACCGCAGAGGAUACAGGAAAGGUGGAAGACUUCAAGAAGGUCCUAGGACAGGUGUUGCAAUACGAGAGGACCCGGUGCCCGUUCGCACGCGGCUUCGAAGUAGAGGUGCCCGAGCGCCCGACAACGCCGCCGCGCAGACGACUAAAGAAGCCAGUCGAAAAGGCCAAGAAGUGGACGUUCGACAAGACUUGGAUGCCAGAAAAUGGUUCGCGGCCUUGUACGCCUGUUCUGGAAGGCUCGGACGCGGGUACUGCGUCAUCGUAUGAAGAAGACGACACCUCGAGCAUCUGCACCGACAGGAGCGAGCCAAUGCCCGAUACUCCUGCCACGGCUGCAGAAGCCACCCCGCCGAAACCCGCACCAAAGCCCACACCCGCGCGACGGCUGUCAGUCGCCGAACGCAAAAGAACGUUUGAAGAGAAAAGAUCCGUCACUGUUCCCACGGCGCAGCUGCCUCAUCGACUGUCCUUCUCGAGCCAAGCCAUUCCCGAGCAAAUCGAACAAACGCCCAAGGUAGAGGAGGCGAGUUCGUCUGAGAGAACACCACUGGAGAGGAAAGAGUCUGCGCAAAGUAUGGUCUCCACCGUUGACUCUUUCUACUCGGUCGAAACAUCGGCCCCAGAGAGUCCCACACCUCCGUUCCAGGACGCAGAAGCGGAAGCCGUCAAUCCAUGGGCGCUUGAACUGCGUGUUAAAGAUGAGGAAGGUCGCGGUCGCAGCAAGCACCGCCGACAGGCGUCGGAAUUGACAGUGCGGCAACCUUCCGCGCACACGGCAGAGGAGGCUCCAGUAACACCGACUGAUGACCAGGCCACCACAGGGCCCACGAUUCGCCUUUCGCCGGCACCUUCUACGCCCCCGCUUGUGAGUGAUUCGGAUGACGACAGCCUCAGCCUGCCAUCAUUGGAUGUGGCCACACCGCCUGAUGCAAUCCGCAUGAGACGUCUCACUGGUGCCACCCAAAAGCGCGCAUUCUCCCCAAUGCCCGCUCCACAGAACCUGUUCUGCCCGCCAGCUAACGGUCCGCGCAAGCAGUUCACAAAUGCCCUUAUACGAAAGACGGCUGAGAUAGUCCUGGGACCGCCCGCGCACCUUGUCUCCCUCAUGCUUCGGAUAGCAGCGAAGAUUACGCAGGGUGUCUCUAGCUUCAAUACAUAUCGCAUCCGCAACAUCACGGAGACCAUUCCCGGAUCGUGGCUGUCAGACGGCGAAGAAGAGGACGAAGACUGGGCCGAGGAAGACGACUUCGGCAUACCUCUGCGCAAUCUCGAUGAACCAGCCUCGAAUAGGAGAGGCUUCGCUGGCGAUGUGGACUAGGAAUCAUCCGUCUAUUGAGACCUCCAAAAGUGAGGUGCCCAACGUUGCAUGUUGUGUUUCAUGAUACCAGGAGGCGUCUAUUGUUGCAUUCUAAGGGCGGAUUUUCAAGGUUGGAUUACUGUACGAUAUAUUAAUGAUUGUUUGGAAAACGAUACAUCUUGUAAUAGCGUAGCAUGUCGACGAAAGGCAUAGCAUAGCAUCAUGGCCUGCGGUAACGAAGCACUUUUAUAUAC